CGAGUGUUAAUAUCAUAGACUGUAUAUAAAUAAUGUGUAGAAACGUUUCUUACGUCAGACUCUAACUCCGCCCUCGCCGCCUGUGAACGCCACGUACAGUUUGGCUCAACGCACCUUAAGCCACGGGCUGCCAGUCUGAUACACUUUGACUGACAGGCCGAGCGACCAAUCAGCUCUCAACGCGACUGUUUUACAAAGAAAGUGGAGUUUCUCUGGCCAAUCAGCGGCGCCGCGGGGCGGGGCGUCACCAUGGUGACCACACUCUUUUUCUCCUUCUCCUUUAUAGAGGAGUGUAGGUUGUGGCCGGCAGGUUGUAUCGGUGGAUGACAGCUGUAAACAAGUGCAGCUCCGCCAGUUUGAGCACAUCUGAACGGCUAAAACGAGACAAAGACUGGAAAAGAGGAGCUCAAAAUGGUGAGGGGUAAAUCUGUGGUCCGCUGUGGGCUGGUCCUGCUCAGUUUGUGGCUGUGCAGCCAGUCAGUGCCUAUCAGUGUGGACAAGGCCAAAGAAAAGCCCCCAGAGGAGGAGCUGGGACCGCCAGAGAGUGCUGAGACCGGGCUGCACUACGACCGCUACCUGAGAGAAGUCAUCGAGUACCUGGAGAAGGACCCCCACUUCAGAGAGAAGCUGAAAAACGCCAACAUGGAAGACAUCAAGCUAGGCAAACUUUCCAAAGAACUGGACUUUGUUCACCACAACUUUCGGACCAAGCUGGACGAGCUGAAGAGGGAGGAGAUGAACCGGCUGAGGAUGCUCAUCAAAGUCAAACAGGACGUCCAGGGGGGGAGUGGCCGGACGGUGGACCACCAGGCGCUGCUCAAACAGUUUGAGCACCUCAACCACAUGAACCCCAACACCUUCGAGGUGGACGACCUGGACCGCCUCAUCCAAUCGGCGACCAAAGACCUGGAGAACUUUGACAAGGACCAGCACGACGAGUUCAAGAAGUAUGAGAUGAUGAAGGAGCACGAGAGGAGGGAGCGUCUGAAGGGCCUGAACGAGGAGGAGCGGCAGAAGGAGGAGCAGCACUACGAGGAGAUGAAGAAGAAACACGCAGAGCAUCCAAAAGUUAACCACCCGGGCAGUGAGGACCAGCUGAAGGAGGUGUGGCAGGAGUCGGACGGCAUGGACCCAGAAAACUUUGAUCCCAAGACCUUCUUCAAGAUGCACGACAGUAAUGGAGACGGCUUCUUCGAUGAGAGCGAGCUUGAAGCUCUCUUCACUAAAGAGCUGGAAAAAGUUUACAACCCUGAAAAUGAAGAAGACGACAUGGUGGAGAUGGAGGAGGAGAGACUGAGAAUGAGGGAGCACGUUAUGAACGAGGUGGACACCAACAAAGACAGACUGGUGUCUCUGACUGAGUUCAUCGCUGCUACGAAGAAGGAGGAUUUCUCAGAGAAAGACGGCUGGGAGACUCUGGACCAGAACCCUCUGUACACUGAUGAGGAGCUGAGACAGUUUGAACAACAUCUGCUCAACGAGGAGAACGACAUCAACAAAAAGUCUGUAGAGCUGCAGAAACAGAGAGAGGAGCUGGAGAAGAAACAGGAAGAACUGAAUAAUCAGAAGAUGGGACUACAACAGGCUGUAGAAGAAAUGGAACGGAUAAAAGCUGAGGCCAAACAGCCUGCAGGUGAACCGGCCCCGGUCGUCCCCGGCAACAGCCAGCCGCUGGCCCCCGGACACCAGCAGCAGGACGUCCCCGUGCCCCGACACUCCUAGCAGGACAACACUGUGUGUGUGUGGACGCCAGGGAGCCUGUGUGUGUGUGGGUGUGUGUUCUUGUACUUCCUACAUAGUGGGGACCAGAACAUGUUUUUUAACCAACAGUGAGUCCUCACCAAGGUUAUUAUAGUUAACGAAAACUAACGAAAUAACGAAAACUAGAAUUGAAAACUCAUUUUAGUUAACUGAAAUAAAAAUGAAAAACAAGAGUUUUUUUAAAAACGAUAACUGACUGAAACUGUAUUUUGUGGUUACAAAACUAACUAAAAAUAUAGUGAAAAUGUCCUUCGUUUUCAUCUUUGUCAACUUUUUUCAUAUAUAAUCCAGAGUUUCUAUUGGAACAUGCAACACAUGGUGAAUAUGUUGACUGAGACUGAGAUGUCUACACUCCAACCAAAAUUCAAAACACUUGGAACUGUAAGAGUUAAUAACCUUAUUGGGGCUGAGAUGAUAAACCAAAGGAAAUAAAGGCAAAAUUUAUUAUGACCACUUUGAAUCUGGCACCCAAAAUAUAGCCCAUUACAAAAAACUAAAACUAACACUAAAACAAAACUAAAUUAGCAUUUUCAAAAACUAAAAAACUAAAACUAGCAAAAUCAUUCUAAAAACUCAUUAAAACAAACUGAAUUUGAAAACAAAAAUUCACAACAAAAUUAAAACUAAAACUAAUGAAAAAUCCAAAACUAUUAUAACCUUGGUCCUCACUUCUUUAAAGUUUUUUUUGAGAUUUCAGACUUUGUUUUAAGGGUUAAAGGUUACAUGAUAAUGAUAACUAACUGAAACUGUAUUGUGUGGUUACAAAACUCACUAAAAUUAUAGUGAAAAUGUCCUUCGUUUUCGUCUUUGUCAACUUUUUUCAUACAUAAUGAAGAUGGAUAAUAAAACGAAAUAAAGGCAAAAUUUACUGUGACCUUUUUUAAUUUCCCACCCAACAAAUACCCCAUUACAAAAAACUAAAACUAAUAAAACUAAAUUAAAACAUUUAAAAUAAAUAAAUACUAAACUAAAACUAGCAAACUCACUCUAAAAACUCAUUAAAACUGGAUUUGAAAACAAAAAAUCACAACAAAACUAAAACUAAUGAAAAAUCCAAAACUAUUAUAACCUUCACUGUUCCAAUGAGGGUCCUCACAAAGAUAGAAGUACAAGAAUGUGUGUGUGUGUUUGCCUUGUAACAAUCCCAAUUUCCUCUUUUUUGUUUAUUUCCAAAAGAAGCCUAAAUAUGAAGAGCACACAAGAAAAUCUGAUUUGAGGCUUCAGGUUUGUUUUCCUCAUCAGAGACGUGGAGUCGCUCCAGUUCACUUCAACAAACAAAACACUCUUUUGUGUUUUGGUCAUUUUGAUGUUUCACCACAGCGAGGACUUUGUUCUGCAGCGGAGGGGGAGGGGCCUGAGAAGUGAAGGUUUUGUUUAGUACACUGGAGUUCAUGGUGACUGAUAUCUCUGAAGGUUAUUUAUUUAUUCCGUUAAACACGAGACGAUUAUUCCAUUUAAAUGAAUGUCAGAAACUUAGUUUAUAGAUGUGGUGCUGCUGGCUGAAGAAUAAAAAAGGUCCUAUUUACAUUUUUCAUGUAAUUAUGAAUAAAUUAUAAUAUAUUCUGCACAUUUACUUACCACCUGAUUCCAAAAAAAGUUGUAAAAACAGAAUGUGGGUGAUUCUCAUGAACAUUUUACAGCUAAUAGCUAAAAUCUAAGAGCAUUAAAUACAUAUUUUCUUUGACCCUUUAUAACAUAUACAAUCUAAAGUCACUGUUUAAUAUGAAUUUAUAUUCUAUUUUAAGAUUUUUAAGGUAUUUUCUGACAUUUUUCGAGACACUAUGAGCAAAAUUCAUUACCAUAACACAUUUUUAAAUUAAAAAACAAGGCAACACUUAAAUGUGCUCAAAGGUAGCUGGUAUCACCAAAUGUAUUUUAUUAAAAUAUACACAUUUUAAUUCAAACGAUUCUAUCAUUACCGUAACAUUUAACCAUUUUUUCUCAUCAAUUUUCAUCCAGAUUUUGUUCUUUAUACAUUGUUAAAAACCAUUAUGUUUGAUUAUAUUCUGUUAAAUUAUACAUUUUUCAACAAAUGUAUAUUUAUUUUUAUAAAGUUUAUUAAAUAUUUAUUGUAUAUAAGUGUGGGGGAAACCAUGACAUUAUUAUCUGGACACAUUACGGUAAUGAAUUUGUGAAUCAAAAAUAUGUUUAAAAAUAUAGAAAA